AUUAAUUACUGGAUCUGACUAGGCUCCACGUCUUUCGUAGCUGGCUUCUGUGUGUUUGUACUGCGUGCCUGUCCAACUCCAUCAGUGAGUAGAAGCAGAGGAAUCAGGCUGACUCGCUGAACCGAGUCCUCGUGGUACAUGGAGGAGAGGAGAAUAUUUGACUUGUGAAUCAAUAAAUCGGCUCUGUACCGACUCGAACUUCUACUCAGUAGAUGUUAGUUAGUUAGAAUAAAAAUCGGGUUUUGCUCGUUUUUCAUAGCAUCCUUAUGUUAAAAAGCGACAGCAUGUUUAAACUCUUUAGUCUUACUUGCUGAACCCCUCUCGAACUCAGAUGGAACCUUCCACGCAGCUCGUGCUUGUGCUCGCGCGUCACUAGGUUACGGCGUGUGGGAAGGCGCGCGCGUGCCGCCUCCUCUCAGACUUUGUUGUGUUUCUGACUCCGGCGUCAUUUAGAGCGAUAUGACUGGACUGAACACACCGAGGAUGGAGGCAAAUAUUGUGGUGCUGGGAACAGAUAAUGUCGGUAAAUCAGCACUCACUGUUCGCUUCCUUACCCGGAGAUUCAUCGGGGAAUAUGGAGAUAUUGAGUCUAUCUACAGUCACAACAUUAUCGUGGAUGGAAGAGAGCAGACUCUCAAUAUUUGGGAUUCUCCCUAUUCACAGGACUUGUCCUCCGAGUCCAUCACCUUUGAAAAGAGAGUGCAGUGGGCCGACGGCUUCGUCCUGGUCUACAGCAUCUGUGACCGAGCCAGUUUCAACAACGUCAGCAAACUCCUCCAGAGCAUAAAGGCUACAAAGGACUAUGCAGGUUUAGAGAAAGUGCCAGUAGUUAUCGUAGGAAACAAGAGAGAUCUGCACCACCGGCGCACAGUCCUCAGCGAGGAGGGCCGGAUGCUGGCACUCUCCGCAGAUUGUCAGUUCUAUGAAGUCUCAGCCGCUGAGAACUACCACAGCGUCCUCAUGGUGUUCCAUGGCUUGGUUAACCGCAUCAGGGAGUCCAGGUCAGCAGUCAAAAAGCCGGCAGGCAUCAAGGGCAUUGUCAAGAGCAUGUCUGCCGUGUUUGCCCGGAAGCGCACCGACUCACUGUGAGGCAGACGGUGUCAUGGAGUCACACCUGAUUUUGGUCUGAGGUGACCUACUUUAGAUGCCAGAAACAAGGGCAGGCCGAUUCCUCUUUGGCCCCAACGUUACGGCUUUGGUGAGGAUGUGGAAGAAGCCCUGUGGCUGAUGUUUGCUCAGAACUGUGCAUAAACCACUCGAUGAAGGGCAGAGAUCAACAAUCCAGUCUGUGUGCCAUGGUGUUGGUAGUCGCUGUCGAAACCAAGUCAAAGAUGACUGCAGUGUUCAUCAUUUUGAGGAAACCAGGCAUGACUGUGUGAGAGAAUAGGCUGAGGUUCCUUGUGAAAUGUAUGGAGUGUUUUAAAACACUGACCUUCACAUUAUUCCAGUGAAAAUAGAUUCAAAUGUCAGAUAUGCCACAAAGUGGAAACAUUUUGGUGGCAUUCAAAGGUUUAUUUGCUUAUUAAAAACAGAGGAAAAGAGAGGAGUAACAUAUACGUCAUUCUAGUCAAAGCAAUAUCCUGGUGACAUCUGUGAUGGUCUAAACAGAAACAACAAUGCAUUGUUUUUAGCUGCAAAGUUUCAUCCAAAGUUCCAUGUCUUACAGGAGUCACCGAAGUGUGAUCUCUCACCAUCCCAAGAUCUUUUUAAGUCAGCACUGAUUAUUUAUUUGUAUAAACACAGUGUUUACAGUCCUGUAGUUUCAUUGCUUUGCCUGUGCAUGUCACAAGACUGAUGUUCAAAUACAUACUGGUUUUUGUUUUCUCCCCAGACCAGCAAUGUUUCUAUUUGAUAACUCUCUUGUGACUCAGAAAGCAGAGGAAGGACUGUGUAUUGGUGUUGUAUGAUGAAAGGAUGGAAUCUGUGAAUGUGCCAAAAUUGAUUGCAUUGAAAUAUAUGAUGUGCAGUUGUAAUGCUAUACAUGUUGCUAAGUGUGAACAUACAAGGAUGCAACAUACUAAAAGCAGACUUAUUUGAUUGUACUACUUAAGAGAUCUGAGCAUAUUAGAUGGACUUAUUAAAAACAUCUGAAGCCUAGAAAAGUCUGUUGUUAGUAGAUGUGAUGUAUUACAUAUACUGAAGUAUUGUGUCUCCAUCCUCCAUUAAUUAAAUAUGGGAAAAACACCUGCAGAAUAAAAGAUACUUAAAAAAUGUUAAGACUCUAUAAAAGCAGUCACAACUGAAUGGGCCUCUCUGGUGAAAGACACAGUUGUCAGUCAUACAUUUGCUCUCAUUUUUUUCUGGUUUGAUAAUGGAACUUGUUAAGUUUUAGUCAAUGAGAAAAAAAGAGUAGUUUGUUCCUACUUUCUAGCAUUUUUUUUCGUUGACAUUUUCUUAAUGAUUUUCAACAAAAAUAAACGAUUUUAAACUA